AUGGCGCAAAGUAUGGUCUUUGCAAGUCGACUGCCGCUAAAGCUGUGGGAAGAUGCUGUUGAGUAUGCGGCAUUCAUCCUCAACAGGAUCAUCUUUGGAAGCAUCUGCUCUGUGUCCAGAGACCCGCGCACGGGCUCGCUAAAGCAGCGAUCUGCGAUCGGGGUCAUCAUCGGGGUCAGUGACAAAACAAAAGGGUAUUGUGUUUUUCUGCAGAAGAAAAACUAG